CAACUCUGGUAACAGUAUUUUCUCAAUAUCACACGAGUCGAUCAGUCAAAACAUCUCAGCCAACGUCGCAACGAUUCAAGUAAACCAUGAGCCACAGUCCACACAGCCGUCGCCUGGCCCUCGCCAUGGGUGCAAGCAUCACGCUUUCCAUUGGCGCACUGUAUUAUGCGGGGCUACGGUCGAAGGCAGAGGACCAAGACAAGUCUAUUGGCGGAGGGCGUGAUGUGAGAGUGAACGACAACCAAGCGAUGAACUCUUCCGACGUGAGGGAAGCGAUGCACAAGACGCGCGGAACGUAGCAAUAUCGAAAUGGCUUGGAGAUGCUAAAGAUUAAAAUUUUGUAUCAUAUGGACUGUACUUUACCUGUAACAUACGCCUCAUCGACGCGCUCCUAAUGCCCGUGAUAUGAUUGAUAUAAGUAUUCCGC